AUGUCACCCAGCAGUGAUACAGGUUCUGGUCGGCCCGCCAGGAAUGAACGAGGUGCAAAAAAAAACGCUAUGGAGAAUGCAGUCUGGAUGACUACAAAAGCACAGUGUCAGCGCCACGCUGCAGACAAGCCCACCGUGACGAAGAAAACAUUUGUGCAAGGGAAAACUCACGUGUCUGAUGCCAAGCAUGGCCGCUGCGAUAGUAGUCGUACCCCUGACUCUGAGAUCCCAGGGCUUGCACCUAGAAAGCGUCAAGUUGUGGAAACAUCCAAAGGAGAAGCACAUACCAAGAAGCGCCGAGUUGCUGAACCGCACGCAGAUUCCGAUGUCGAUAUGGAUGUCAAUGACGACGAAGGCCGCAUGAGCGCCGUCAAGCACACGCAAAUGAAAGGAAAAGAAAAGGAACUACGGUCAAGCUCGAAUUCCCAACAGACGACUCGGAAUCAGAUAAUCAACGAUGGAUUUUUAUCAGACGAGCACAUCGACGGUAUCUCUGAUUUUCAACCUAGUCACAACGACUCCGAGUCGGAGAAGGACAGCGACGAGGAGGAAAUCGAAGACGACUCAGAGGAACCCAAGUCCUUAUCAGCCAAAACACCGGUGUUUGUUUCGGGGUCGAAGGCCAAACAGCCUGGCCUCCCUUUGACUCAACCAACCUGCCCUCGUACAACUACCUCAAAGGAGCGGACGCGGACGGCUGAACCAUUCCCCUUUUCGUCGGCUCAACCAAGGGCUACCAAGAAAACAAAAUCGCAGUCUGCGCGCAAUCAAAAACGAGCAAAUGAGACACCUGUUUGGGCAGAUGUUCCCGCCAUUGUGUCAGAUGGGGAACGUGGGACCGCCUUUUCAUCGGCUCAACCAAGGGCUACCAAGAAAACAAAAUCCCAGUCUGCGCGCGAUCAAAAGCGAGCAAAUGAGACACCUGAUUGGGCAGAUGCUCCCGCCGUCACGUCAGAUGAGGAACAUGAGGCCGCCAUGGUAUCAGACCACCACAGUGACGCCGAGGAGGACGACUCAGAUGGUCAUGCUGAUCGCUCUGGAAGGCCCACACUCAUAUGGACGGACACUGGUAAGUUGAAGCUGACGGACCAAGAUAUUGAUACCCGUCGUGUGGUCCAAAGAGCGAUAUUGGAGGCAAAACUUCACAUGACAUUUGCCAAUGGCUAUCCGGAGCUCACUGAGAAGAGCCUGUUUACACGGGAUGCACUCUUAACAGCAGCUCGCGCCUGCGGUGUCCCGCCCAUCCAGGAUCGCCUCAAGACUGAUGACUCAUAUGUGACAGCUCUCGCCACGCUAAUUGAAGCCCGAGUGCCACUGUUCCACACCGAAUUAAAAGACGACGCUUGUGCUCAAGUGACAUCAUAUUAUCAUCUUGGCCCUGAUUGUGUCGACACUGCAAAGGCUUUGCUGGUCAACCACGUUUACCAUUAUGAACAGCAUUUCAGUGAGAAGAACGACCCCAUUCCACAGCCAAAAAAGCCAUACUUCGCUGAUAUCUUACCAUAUCUGAUGAAGGGGCGCUAUUUCAAUGGGCCAAAGUCAGUCGGCGUGAAAUUUUCAGACCGUUUCAAGAAGAUUGCGCGCAACAAGGCCGAGCGGCCCGAAGUUACAAUUCCAAUGGUUGCCUUAACCAGCACUUCGGUGUAUGCCGCACUGUUCUGGAAGGCUAAUGGAUCCCCAUCUAAGUUCAAUUUUAUGGGAAAUCUAUUCAGCGAGGUUUACUUUUUUCAUGUGAGAUUUCUUGAAGACAUGAAGGUGACGGCGCCGCACAAGUUUCACAAGAUGAUGGCUGACAUUUUCGAGGCUGUCCAGAAACUCUGCACCCAUGGCAACAUUGCUUUAGUAGGAUCACACGAGUCUGCGAUGGCCUUCCUCGAUAUUGCUGGCAUGGAUGACGAAGAGUAG